CAUGACACGUUGACAGUUUUUCCCGUCCUGAAUUGCUCCUCUUCAAUCACCUCAUUAGUCUUCACCUGGUGAUUUAAAAACUUCAUGUCAUCAUUCUCUUCCAAGCUAAAAACAUCCCAUAAAUCACAAGUAUUCUCCUUACUCUCUCUAUUCAGUGAGUGGCAAAAAGAAUAGAAAGAACACGAAAAAUGAAGAAAACAGACACGUCAAAACAAACAUACAGAAUAUGUUUUUGUUUCAGAAGGAGAUUCAGGGUGAAAGAGGCUGAAGUGCCCGCUGACAUCAAAACUUUAUUUCAAAAUUACUCUGAAAAUGGAUUGAUGGAUGUUGAGCAUUUGUAUAGAUUCUUGAAGGAGGUGCAGGGAGAGGAUAAACUCACCAGGGAGGAAGCUGAGACCGUAAUGGAGACUUUCCUCAAUCAACACAAGCAUCUGAACAUUUUCCAGCGCAGAAGUCUCUACAUCAAAGAGUUCUUCCGGUACCUCCUGAGUGAGAAUAAUUCUCCUCUCUCUUAUCCUCCUACGGUACAUCAUGAUAUGACUGCUCCUUUAUCCCAUUAUUUCAUUUAUACUGGUCACAAUUCCUAUCUUACGGGGAAUCAGAUCAGUAGUGACUGCAGUGAAGUACCUGUCGUAGAAGCCCUGAAACGAGGCGUACGAGUUAUUGAAUUAGAUAUGUGGCCGAACUCCACCAAAGAUGAUGUGGAUAUAAUGCAUGGAGGGACAUUAACGCCUCCUGUGAAACUUAUCAAAUGUUUGAGUGCAAUAAGAGAAAAUGCCUUUGUUGCAUCAGAAUAUCCUGUAAUUCUCACACUAGAAGACCACCUUACUCCAGAUCUUCAGGCUAAAGUAGCAGAGAUGGUCUCUGAAACAUUUGGUGACAUUCUGGUUGUCUCUACAUCAGAAUGCUUGCUAGAGUUCCCAUCUCCAGAAUCGUUAAAGAGACGAGUUAUUAUCUCGACAAAACCACCAAAAGAAUUUCUUGAAACAAAGGGCUCCAACAAAGAAGAAGAUGGUAGCAUAAAAGUGCAUAAAUCAUCAGAAGAAGCAGCCUGGGGAAAGGAAAUCUCAGAUUUUGCUGCUACCCUCAGCCGUGAGUAUGGAGAGUAUCAAGAGGAAGAUGAUCAUCAGGAUGAAGAUCAUAGUUUGCAGCAAAAUGUAGCACCUGAAUAUAAGAAGCUGAUUGCAAUCCGUGCGGAGAAAAUGAAAGGAGGGAUUAAAGUGUGGCUAAGAGUUAAUUCCCAAAAGGCUCAUCGGGUUAGCUUGAAUGAAGAAAAGCUCGAAAAAGCUGUUGUAACUCAUGGAACAGAAAUUGUCAGAUUCACACAGAGGAACUUGAUGAGAGUAUAUCCCAAAGGCACAAGAAUUGAUUCAUCCAAUUACAAUCCUUUAAUAGGGUGGAUGCAUGGAGCUCAGAUGGUUGCAUUUAACAUGCAGGGACAUGGCAGGUCGCUUUGGUUGAUGCAAGGGAUGUUCCGAGCAAAUGGGGGUUGUGGUUAUGUGAAGAAGCCAGAUUUUCUACUAAAUCUCGGCCCCGAUGAUGAAGUCUUUGAUCCUAAAAGACGUUUACCAGUUAGAAAGACCCUGAAAGUGAAGGUAUACAUGGGAGAAGGUUGGAAUCUGGAUUUUCAUCAUACUCAUUUCGAUCUGUAUUCACCACCAGACUUCUACGUCAAGAUAGGAAUUGCUGGAGUACCUUAUGAUUCAGCUAUGAAAAGAACUAAGACAAUUGAAGACAAUUGGCUGCCUGCAUGGAAUGAAGAAUUUGAGUUCCCACUAACAGUUCCUGAACUGGCACUGCUCAGAAUAGAAGUCCAUGAAUUUGACAUGUCGGAUAAAGAUGAUUUUGGAGGCCAAACAUGCCUUCCUGUUUCUGAGCUGAAAACCGGGAUUCGAGCUGUGCCCCUCCAUGAUUACAAAGGAGAUAAGUACAAGUCGGUCAAACUACUCCUGCGUUUCGACUUUGUAUGAAUGUUCUUCACAGUAUGCUUAGACUCCAACUCAGGAACAAUCACAUGAUUAUCGGAGUUUUUAAGUUUACGGGAUGAAAUGCGUGAUAGACGCAGCAGACUGGAUUUAAUGUUCGAUGCUAGUGGUAACUAAGCAAUGUUCGCCGCUUGAGAUAUGUUUAUGCUCAGUUUCAGACAGCC